GCGGGGGCGCCUUCCCAGCAUUUGGCGGGCAAACUUGGAGCAAGGAAAGACGCGAAGAUCAGUAACAUUAUGGAACCAAGCGACAUGUCGAAUUCACAGGAACCAAUGUGGAACACUAUGAACUUCUAGGACUAUUUUCCACGUUGAUGAACAUUUAUUGCUGAAGCUUUUCAAACCAGAAAAUGCAUGACAUUUUGGUGACCAGCUAACAAUGAACGCGAGGUUGGGAAAAUGAUGGGCCUCUUUUCUAUCUGACCCUUAUUUAUAUAGCAGAGGUCUUGGGAAUCGCAGAGACGGUGCUCAAUGUAGUAUUUUAAUCAUGGGAGACAACUCAAGUUUUUGGGACAGUUUGAUAUUUGCACACCCUAUCUGCGUAAACUGGAAAUCCGAACCAGAAGGAUCUAUCUAUCAUUUAGCUAGCAUUUUAUUUGUUGUUGGCUACAUGGGUGGAAGUGGAUAUUUUGGCCUGCUCUACAUCUUCUUUUUGCUCGGAUUAGGUUUUCUCUGUUCAUCUGUCUGGUCAUGGCUGGAUGUCUGUGCAGCUGAUAUUUUCUCUUGGAAUUUUAUACUGUUUGUGAUAUGCUUCAUACAGUUUAUUUAUGUAACCUACCAAGUUCGAAGUGUUGCCUUUGACAAAGAAUUCCAGGAUCUUUACACUGCGCUGUUCCAGCCCUUGGGAAUCUCACUGACUGUUUUUAGAAAGAUCGUCCGGUGCUGUGAUGAAGAAGUCAUUACAUUGGAGCAGGAGCACUGUUAUGCCAUACAAGGCAAAACACCAAUUGAUAAGCUCUCCUUGCUUGUGUCAGGAAGGAUCAGAGUGACAGUGGAUGGGGAAUUUCUGCAUUUUAUUUUCCCCCUUCAGUUUCUGGAUGCUCCUGAAUGGGAUUCACUAAGACCCACAGAAGAAGGCAUUUUUCAGGUAACUCUCACGGCAGAAACAGACUGUCGCUAUGUGGCCUGGAGGAGAAAAAAAUUAUAUUUACUCUUUGCUAAACACCGGUUCAUCUCACGGGUGUUUUCAAUUCUAAUUGGGAAUGACAUUGCUGAUAAGCUUUAUGCUUUGAAUGACAGAGUGAACCUGGGGAAAGGAUUAGGCAACUUCAAGAUGAACACUAUUGAAGCCAGUUCAAUCACAGUGACCCCUCUGAGUUACAUCCCAGAUAUGAGAAACGCCACCUCUGUGCCUUUGAAUGAAACUGUGUGUGAAAACUGGAGAGAAAUUCAUCAUCUUGUCUUUCAUAUGGCCAAUAUUUGUUUUGCAGUUGGAUUGGUUAUUCCAACCACUUUUUAUCUUCAUAUGAUUGUCCUACGAGCCAUGAUAACAAUAGGAUGUGCACUUCUUAUCAUCUGGGCAACACUUUUCCGUUGUGCUCUGGAUAUAAUGAUUUGGAAUACGGUAUUCCUUAUUCUCAACCUUCUGCAUUUUCUAUACUUGCUAUACAAGAGAAGGCCGAUAAAGAUAGAUAAAGAGCUCAGUAGUCUGUAUAAGAGAAUGUUUGAACCACUCCACGUGCCUCCAGAGCUGUUCCAAAGACUGACAGGACAAUUCUGCAGUAUUCAGACGCUAGAAACAGGUCAAGCAUAUGCUGCAGAGGAUAAAACAUCAGUGGAUGAGCGUUUAAGUAUUCUGCUAAAAGGAAAAAUGAAGGUCUCCUAUCGAGGGCAUUUCCUGCAUAAUAUUUACCCCUGUGCCUUUAUAGAUUCUCCUGAAUACCGAUCAACUCAGAUGAAUCGGGGCGAAAAGUUCCAGGUCUCUAUUACUGCUGAUGAUAACUGCAAGUUCUUAUGCUGGUCCAGAGAGAGACUUGCAUAUUUCCUGGAAUCUGAGCCAUUUCUUUUUGAAAUAUUUAAGCAUCUUAUUGGAAAGGAUAUUACAAAUAAGUUGUACUCAUUAAAUGACCCAACCUUGAGUGAUAAGACAUCUCAAAAAAUAGAUCGACAACCCAGUCUCUGCUCUCAGCUCUCUGUCAUGCAAAUGAGGAACAGCAUGGCUAGUUCAAGUGAUGGUGAAGAUGGCUUGCAAAAUUUUCUCCUUGGGGCUUCCGCUCCGCCCUCUCUUCGCCAACCUUCUCCUUGUUUAAGAACAUCGCCAAAAAUGAAACCAAUCGAAGAAAGUGUGGAAGAUGAUGUUUUUGACCCUCCAUCUGGCAUACCAUCUACAGCUCCCUAGGGACUGCCUUGUCAGACAGAAAUUCAGUGAAUUACACAGAACGAUUGCAAGUGUGGCAGACAUGGAAAACAUGUUAAUGAGGUUGUCAAAGCUCAUACCAUUUUGAUGUGUGUUUUAAUAGAUACAUUUUUGCCACAAAAUCCCGGAGAACUCUGACAGACCAACCCCAACCAUAUUACAUUUUCGUUUCAGUGAUACUUGAAGCUCCAUCCUGGGGCUUUAUGUGCUUGGAUGGGUGGACUGUCCCAUCUGUGUCAAUAGAGUGGGGAACUCUGUAUGCAUAAAUUACAGCAGAAGGCUGAUCCCUUUUGAAAGUAAUGGGAAAGCCUUUAUAGCUUCAUAUGUGCAUCAGAGCAUCCACAACCACAGCAAAUUCCUGAAUUUGAGCAAGAAGAUCCUAGUUGUCUUCUUGUGUCAAGAA